AUGGCUUUUCAAGUAAGAUACGUUUACCUUGUGGUUGUUUUAGAUGUUAUUGGCGUGGUUGAUGAAGUGGUAUUCCGAUAUGUGUCAUCCAAAAAUACGAGGGUUGUUUUGAAUUUAAAGGAUUUAAGUGGACAGGUGCUAUCCUAUACACUCUGGGAAAAUUACUGCCUACAGUUUUUGUCUUAUUUGAAUGAUAUUGAAGAUGAAAGACUGAUCGUUAUUCUCUUGACUCAUGCUAGGAUUAAGGAAGCACAGGGAUCAUAUCCGGCAUCGGUCAGUAAUUCUUUCAAGGCGUCUAAACUCAUGAUCAAUGACCUCAUGCUGGAAAUCCAAGAAUUUAGAGAGAGUCUUUUAGAUUUAGGGAUCGAGGUUAGAUCAAUUUUGACGCCUAUUGGACAAGGGAGUUCACAGGUUUCAAGGUCAUCUCAAUUAUCAUCAAAAGAUGCGUUUCUGUCAAAUACUGAAGAGUUUGUUUGUGUUACUGUCGCCAAGAUUACAACCAUAGUGAUGGACAACUAUUCAUGGUGCUAUUUGGCUUGUGGUCAAUGUUAUAAAAAAACUGGCAUGCAAACUGUGUCGUUCACAUGUCUGUGUGGCAAAGAGAAUGAUCAACCUGAACUGAGGUAUCGGGUUGAGGUGAUUGUUAAUCACAAGGGUGAACAAACCAAAUUUUUGAUCUGGGAUUGUGAAUGUGCACAGUUAAUUGGUCAGUCCACGGAUGAAGUCAACAGGUUCAAAAUAGAAGAUGGGGACGUUGAUUUAAAUGCCUCUCCUCAAGCACUAGAUAGGCUAUUGGGUUGUUUCCUUGCAUUCAGAGUGAAGGUGCAACCAACGUUCAGGAAUUCUGUUGUUCUUAAAUAUUCAAAUGAAUCAGACUUGAUCAAUGUUGUGCUAGAUAUGAUUCCCGAUAGUGAGCCAUGUUGCAAGAUUGAGAAUUCAAUACUUGAGUCGACCGAUCCUACAGUGCUUGAAUCUCAAUCUUUGUCUAUUACCGCUGAUCAUGAUGGGCCAAUGGUUGGCUCAAGUGAGCCUAUAGAGUUUGAAUCUCAAUCUGUGUCUAUUACCGGGGAUCAUGACCCUCUUCUCAAGAUUCCAUUGACACCAAUUAAGCGCGUAUCUUCUGAUGAGUUGGAUAAUGAGGGAAAAAACUUUCAGAUUUCACCUGCUGAAGUUUCCUCGAACAAAUUAGCCAGGCAUUCUUAG